UAUUCACUAGUAUUUUUUUCUCUCUUUAUAUUUUAUUCAUUCAUUAUUUGUUUCUAGUCUUUAUCUUAAUAACUUUGCAUUGCUUGCCCUGUAAUUCAAAAUCAACUUAGAAAAUUUGCUAAAGAUUUGGGAUGAAAUCUGGUCGGAUCUUGCUUUGUUGGAUUGGGAUUUUGGUGGGUCUUAUUUCAUUACAAAGCUCUUCUUCCCAUCUCAUCUCCCUCUCAUAAAGAUUACUCAAAAACAAAAAACAAAAAUAAAAAACCAUCCUUUCAAAUCAGGUCAGGGAAGAAACAAAGCAAAGAGAGGAAAAACAAAAGAAAAGGAAAAAGAAGGAACAGUUCAUUGCUUCUUCACUUCACCUUCAAUCCAUUUUUAGCUUCCUAAGGUUUCACUGAGUUGGAGCAAAUGGGGAUGGCUGCAGAGUCACAGUUUCAUGUGUUGGCUGUUGAUGACAGUAUCAUAGAUAGGAAACUCAUUGAGAGGCUCCUCAAAACCUCUUCCUAUCAAGUUACUACAGUUGAUUCUGGUAGUAAGGCUUUAGAGUUUCUGGGCUUGCGUGAGAAUGAUGAGAGCAACCCAAGUACACCAGCUGUUUCUCCUAACAAUCAUCGGGAGGUGGAGGUGAAUCUUGUUAUAACAGACUACUGUAUGCCUGGCAUGACAGGAUAUGAUUUGCUCAAGAAAAUCAAGGAAUCUUCAUCUUUGAGAAACAUACCAGUGGUGAUUAUGUCAUCUGAGAAUGUGCCUUCAAGGAUUAGUAGAUGUUUGGAGGAAGGAGCAGAGGAGUUUUUCUUGAAGCCUGUGAGGCUGGCAGAUUUGAAUAGGCUUAAACCCCAUAUGAAGAAAACCAAGUUGAAAGAUCAAAAGCAAGAAACAGCAGAAAAGCUUGAAAACUCAGAAGUUGAACAGCAGCAACAACAAAUCCAAAAUGACCAACAAGAAGCAACAAAAUCCAAAUAUCUGGAGCCAGAGUUAGAGUCACAUUCACAGCCAACUAUAGAACAACAGCAACAGUCACUACAACAAGCCAACAACAGCAAGAGGAAGACCAUGGAACAAGGGCUUUCACCUGAGACUGACAGAACAAGACCAAGAUACAGUGGCAUAGCCACUGUGGUAUGAUGAUAAAUCAUUGGCAAAUAAUUUUCUUCUAUUUCAAAAUGUAAUUUUCAUAUAACUCUUUUUCUUAAAAAAAAAAAAUUAACUUCAGUGUUGGUUAAUAUAGGCUCUAUAGAAAGUGUAGUAGAGAGUUGUUUCCUGUAAUCAUUACCUGGAAAUAUUUCCUUCCAAUUUUGUUUGCCCUUAUAUGUGGAAAAGAAAAAAAGAA